AUGGGGUCUCGUCUCCUCUUUUUUUAGGCAGGAGGGAGCAAGGCUAGAUUCCUCACCCCAACACUGUCGCAGAUCCCACCAUCUUACCUGGCAGAUUCGGUAUCAGCGCGUGCCAGUCCGCCCGGCGCCCGGAGGUAAAGCAACCAACCAAACAAACCAUCACAAACCCCGCACUUUCGAUCGUGUACGUUUGACCCCGCACCCCCUCUCCCCCGCCCGCCUCUCGGCUUCGGCCUUCGGCGCGCUUCGCCUACAAGUAGUAGCCGCGCGCGCAGCACACCACACCACCACACCACACACGGUCACACGUCUCACUCGCCGCGACCUCCCCUCCAACUCCAACCUCGCCCUUCUCCUCUCCCCCGCGCGCGCGCAAGCGAGCGAGCGAAGCGCCGCAAUGACCUGGAACAAGGCCCCGGCUGCGGACGCCGAAGCCGGCGGCGGCGGCGACACCGGCCACGCGCGCCUCCGGGAGCUCGGCUACAAGCAGGAGCUCAAGCGCGACCUCUCAGUGCUGUCCAACUUCGCCUUCUCGUUCUCCAUCAUCUCGGUGCUGACGGGGAUCACGACGCUGUACAACACGGGGCUCAGCUUCGGCGGGCCGGCCACCAUGACGUUCGGCUGGUUCGUCGCCGGCGCCUUCACCAUGACCGUCGGCCUCUCCAUGGCCGAGAUCUGCUCCUCCUUCCCCACCUCCGGUGGCCUCUACUACUGGAGCGCCCGCCUCUCCGGCAAGCGUUGGGCGCCCUUCGCCUCCUGGAUCACCGGAUGGUUUAACAUUGUCGGACAGUGGGCGGUGACGACCAGCGUGGACUUCUCACUGGCCCAGCUGAUUCAGGUGAUCAUCCUGCUCAGCACUGGGGGCAACAACGGAGGAGGGUACAUGGCGUCCAAGUACGUCGUGAUCGCCUUCCACGCCGCCAUCCUGCUGAGCCACGCCGCCAUCAACAGCCUCCCCAUCACCUGGCUUUCCUUCUUUGGGCAGUUCGCGGCUGCCUGGAACAUGCUAGGUGUCUUUGUCCUCAUGAUUGCUGUGCCGACGGUUGCUACCGAGAGGGCCAGUGCCAAGUUUGUGUUCACCCAUUUCAACACUGAAAACAACGCUGGGAUUCACAGUAACUUUUACAUCUUCGUGCUGGGGCUCCUGAUGAGCCAGUACACGCUGACAGGAUAUGACGCGUCUGCGCAUAUGACCGAGGAGACGAAGAAUGCUGACAGGAAUGGCCCGAUCGGCAUCAUCAGCGCGAUUGGGAUAUCGAUAAUAGUAGGAUGGGGAUACAUUCUUGGCAUCACCUUUGCAGUGAAGGACAUACCUUACCUGCUGAACCCCGAGAACGAUGCUGGAGGGUAUGCCAUUGCUGAGGUGUUCUACCUCGCCUUCAAGAGCCGGUACGGGAGCGGCAUCGGCGGGAUCAUCUGCCUAGGGAUCGUCGCCGUCGCGAUAUACUUCUGUGGCAUGAGCUCGGUAACAAGCAACUCAAGGAUGGCGUACGCGUUCUCGAGAGACGGCGCGAUGCCAUUGUCGUCCGUCUGGCACAAGGUCAACAAGCACGAGGUGCCGAUCAACGCCGUCUGGCUCUCGGCCCUCAUCUCCCUCUGCAUGGCAUUGCCGUCGCUGGGGAGCUUGGUGGCGUUCCAGGCGAUGGUGUCGAUCGCGACGAUCGGGCUGUACGUGGCGUACGCGCUGCCGAUCCUGUUCAGGGUGACGCUGGCGCGGAAGCACUUCGUGCCGGGGCCCUUCAACCUGGGGCGGUGCGGCGUCGCCGUCGGCUGGGCGGCGGUGCUGUGGGUGGCCACCAUCACCGUGCUCUUCUCGCUGCCGGUGUCGUACCCGGUCACCAAGGACACCCUCAACUACACCCCCGUCGCCGUCGGCGGCCUCUUCCUCCUCGUCCUCUCCUCCUGGCUCCUCAGCGCCAGGCACUGGUUCAAAGGCCCCAUCACCAACCUCGAUGGCUAGCUAAGCCAAGAUUGAGGUUUUGGUUUUGGUUUUCGCCGGUGGAUAUGGAAAUGCAGUGGGAGAUGGAAGAAUCGUCGUCGAUGAUCGGAGGCGUUUCAGGUGGGAGGAGAAGUAUAACUGAAGAACAGGUAAGAAGAUGAUCUGGAAGGGAAACGGGAGCAUAUCAUGUCAUGGUGGUGGUGUUGUGAUUAGUUGUUGAUUUGUUCAGCGAAAUUAUAUUACGUGGAAGGGGAUUAUACAUUUUAUACACUGGUUGUAGAUUGACAAUAUGUACUAAGAAAUUGACGAUUCAAUUGAAGGCUAAAAGCAGCUGAAACAGUUGUGGAA